AUGCAAAGCCCUAGCAAAAUCGUUGGCGCCUCUGCCUCCACUACAAACCCUGCUGUGUAUGGACUUCAAGGGUGGGCAGAUCUCCCAGAAGGUCUGCUCCAUUCCAUCAUUCCUCUGUUGAGCUCCUUCCUUGAGCUCCUCGCCUUUGCUGGCACCUGCCACUCUUGGCGCACCGUUUUUGGCUCGUACCCAUCUAAAUCCACAUUUUGCACCUUGCUCCCGCCUCUCCUCGUCCGGCCCCAUAUCAGCGUCCGUGCUCCUAAUCUACCUUCCAAAAGUGAUGAUGGGCACGAGCUCCGCACGUGUCAGGUUCUUGAUCCAGCCAACAUGAAAAGUACCCUUCGCUGCCAGAUUCGUGAAGAGACAUUUGAGAAGUUGCACUUUGCUGGCUCUUCCUAUGGGCAACUAAUUUGCGGUCGCGGCAGAAGUUGUCUUAUCGUGGAUGUGUUCACUGGUGCCAAAGUUUUACCUCCACAGCUCCCAUUUUGCAACAACACUUAUUUCUACUCUGGCAUGCUGACAGCUCCCCUUGCAUCGCCAAACUCACACCUCCUAGUUUGCGCAGCAUCCAAACAGGGCGGUCAGUGCUUCUUGCUUGAUUGGCUGAUUGGAAGUGAUUCUUGGUCAAAAUUACAGCUCAAUGAUUCACGGAUUGAACAGAUUGUGGAGUUCAAUGGUCAGUUCAUCGCGAUGGACUACCACUAUAGGCUCCACAAUCUGUCCUUGGCCCCCCAGCUUGGUCUGCAGGAGAUAGCAACUAUGUGGUGGGAUGGCCUGGAUGAAUGCCCAUAUCUAAGGCCAUGGAUCGUGGUGUGUGGUGACAUGCUCCUGAUGGUCGACCAUUACAUAAGCCUUUCGUUCGAUGGAGCACCUGUCAAUUACAAACCCUUCCGCCUCGACAUGUCAACUGUGCCUGCAGCUUGGGUGGAGGUGAAGAAGAUAGAGAAUUACUCACUGUUUAUCGGGAGUGAUGUGAGGAGCCCGGCGUUUUCUUGCGCCAGCUUAGGACGAUGGAGUGGGAGGAGCAAUUGCUUGUACUAUGGGUAUUACGAUCCACCCUUGGUGUUGCAUGGGCUUGGUGAUGAUGCAGAUGCUGUGUGGGAUCCAGACAAUGACCCUGAUGACCUUGUGUUCAAGAGGAACUGGUACAUCCAACUGCAGCCCUUCUGGGUGUACCCAAGCAUGCUCUAUCGCUGA